AAAAUAAUAUUCUAUUAUAAAUAGUUGCUACAAGUUAAUUAUUAUAAAAAUUUACUGUAUAAUAGGAGUAAAUUUCAAUGACAAACGCUAAGCCAAUGAUUGAUAAAUUGUAGUAGUAAUAUUGAGAGAGAGAGAGAGAGAGAGAGAGAGAGAGAGAGAGAGAGAGAGAGAGAAUGGGAGGGAGAGAAACGGUCAUCUUCUUGGCACUAACGCUUCUGUUCUGUCUGAAGGCCGCCGAAGCUUCACACUGUUCAACUCACGGACUACCUUUGGUGAAGGAUAUUGGCGAGCUUCCACAAGGUGACUAUGGAAGCCCUGGUUUGUCUCACAUUACUAUUGCUGGUGCAUUCUUGCAUGGCAUGACGGAGGUUGAGGUAUGGCUUCAAACACUUGCUCCAGGAUGGCGCACGCCUAUCAACAGGCACUCUUGUGAAGAAGUUUUUGUUGUCUUAAAGGGAAGCGGUACUCUCUAUCUCGCCCCGAAUUCACAUCUGGAAUACCCUGGACAGCCACUAGAAUUCCCUAUCUUCCCUAAUAGCACAUUUCAUGCCCCUGUUGAUGAGGCUCACCAGGUCUGGAAUACAAAUGAAGAUGAGGACUUGCAACUUCUAGUCAUGAUAUCACGUCCUCCAUUCAAAGUAUUCAUAUACGAAGACUGGUCCACGCCACACAUUGCUGCCAAUUUGAUGUUUCCCAUCUUUUGGGAUAUACACUGUUUUCAAGCACCGGCGAAAGAUGAGCUUUAGGAUUCAAGUCACAACGUUGCUUCCUCGAUCAUAUACUGAUCUGGGAUAUGGUCUUGACUUCUUCUUCUAUCAUGGGCUAUUCCUAAAUAAGGAUCGUGGAGUUCCCGUCCAUCAUCUCCGUCGAGGCCUCGGUCUUCUUCUUGUUAAAAGUAUCAAGUGUAACAGUCUUUUUCUGGUAGCUUUAGUUGGUAUUUGGUCUAUGUUGUUAUAAGUAACGAACCAAGUUACUUCCAUGCGGGAUGUAGGACGAUAAAGUGAUGCUAUUGCAUUAAUGCUGGCAUUGGACAAAUUUAGUAAACGUGCAUGAGCUGAGGCUCUGCUUAUAUAUAUAAAAUACGUAUAUAAAGAGGAUGUAAUCAACAACAAAAUAAAAAUGAGUAAUUUGUUGGUGAUA